GUUAUCAGAGCGAGUCCCCCACGUUUGGCUUCCAGUCGCGUCCUGCGCGCUGUGGGACGCGCGGGCGAUCAGCUGAGCAGGAAAGGAGACGGAGCCAGCGGUGAGGAACAGGCGCAGUCGCUCAGCGUCCUUGUGGACAUUUGCGGCGGAGUUUACUGCCGGGAUCCGCUGCCGAUUGUUCGCAAAGUGUCCUGCGCCGCGUCUGCGUCUGCGGACGGGAUGUUGGAGGUGGUCGCCGCGCAAAAAUGAACACAGACUGCACCCAACCUUCAGCGGUUCCAACGGCAAGAUUUGUUUGUCACGCCAACCUGAAGCUGCUUUCCCCUCUGACCUCUGCAUCCAGGGGUCCUAAACCUUCUGUAGCCCCAAAACCUAAAGUCAAAGUGCUGAUAAAUGGCAGCCAAGGAGGGUUCAGUAACGGGAGUGCACAAUCUUCUGAUGCAAGGGGUGACGAAGCCACUGUGAAGCAGAAUGGCCUGAACAAAGUGAUCAUGAAUGCAUCAUCUGGGAGGAAACACUUAAAUCUCAGUAGUCUCAAAUUCGACAAAAGAGAUCUAGAAACUAUAUCAAAGGGGACGACGGACAGUGGAGGCACAGAAGCGGAAAAGGAGGAAGAUGAAAGUAAGAACAUGGAUGAUUGCAGAUUAACAGACAGUGGCCUUACAGAGGAAGGGGACUCCCUGAAAACACUAUGGGUCAGUGACGACAGCCUCCCAGCUGACGCCGAGGAGGCAGAGGAGAUCACUGACACAGACGACACAGAUGCUGGAGGUUGUGAUGGAGGUGAGGCACUGGCUGACGCGGACGGCCUCUCAAUGGGAGACAUUUCCGCUGGUGCUGAAGAUCGAUUGUUUUGCCACUCCGUCGUAAUGCAGGAGCAGAUUCAAACAAAUGGAGACAGAAGUACUGCAGAUGAUUCAUCAAAGUCUUCUUCUGGUGAAAAUGGGUUAUGUCUUAAGGAGAGACUGACGGACACUCACGGAGGAGGGAAAGAGCCAGGUCCAAAUUGGUGCUGUAACAGCCUGAAGUUGAUGUGUGGCCAUCAAAUUAAUGGAAAGAGUGAAAAUCAGCAGGAGACCAGUUUGUAUGACUACAUUCCUAAAAUCCACCAGCAAGUUUGUUCCGAAGCAAUUGAGCCUUUUUACAUCUGUUCAGAGGAUAUUAUUAACAUGACAGCUACGCUCUCAGAAAGUGGCAGUACGUCUGUCAAAAGAACUGGAGCACCACCUGGAAAAUACAAUGAAACAUCUGAGAAUAGACAUUUAGUGAACACUGUUAAAGGUAUUGAGUAUGGCAGCAAUGAUGAGGCUAAAAAAAUGGAGGACAUGUUGAACCACUUGGACUGCCAGCCAAGGUUUAGACAGGUUGCCAUGUCGGUGCCAACAGACACAGACACCUCACUGACGUCUUCUUUCUCUGAGAGCCAGCUGCUAUCCCCAAAUGACUCUGAAGUCUUCAAAGAUGACGAGGAUUUGGAGGGUCACAUCGUGCCCUUUCUGGAUGAAACCAGUGACAUGGAGCUCAACAUCACAGAUGAGCAUGUUUAUGAGGAACCAGGGCAAAGUUCAUGUACUGAAAGUGGUUUUCUUUUGGAUAGCAAGACUGCUGGAAUUAGAACACACUCUUUGUCAAAUUAUAUUUCCACUGCUGUGGGGGAUCGGGGUGUACAAUUUCUCCAUAAGACCUACAUUAGUGGAUUAGGACAACCUGCGUUGAGCAGCAGCCCAGUGUUAAAUUCAACACGGCACAAAAGCUAUUCCAAACCCAAAUAUUUGUCUCUGUACCCACGCUCCCUGUCCAUGGAGGGACACAACACACCUCUCUGUAUCUACAAGGAUGACUCCUACAGACAUAGAGAUGGAGUUUCCCCAUCUGAGAGCUUCUCCAGUGCUCACCUCUCAUCCAGUGCCCUGUCCACGCCGACCUCUUUGAUGGAUAUCCCCCCUCCCUUUGAGCUGGCCUAUAUCACCAAAAAGCCUAUCACAAAGAGUUCCCCUCUCUUCUUACUAGAAGAGUUUUCAGAGAAGGACAGGAAAAAGAAAUCCUCCAUUAAGCGCUUUCUGCUUAAAUUUGGGUGGAAAACGGAACAUAAGUCUGGAACAGAUGCCAAGUCAUCCUCGACGAAAUCCUCGGCUGAGUCCAGCCAUUGUUCACACAACAGACUUUUGGAGUUUGAUCGGCAGAGCGUGAGUGGAUCCCCACAACUAAAUUUACGUCAGGCUAACAAGCCUCAGGGUUCACCUGAGUCUUCAUCCCACUUUCUGUUCCACAAAGACAGUAGAAGGAAAGGGAACUCUGUGGCCUUCCUCAACAGGAGCGUUGUCCGAGUGGAGUCCUUCGAGGACCGCUCCCGAGUGCCUUUUGCACCUCUUCCUUUCACCAAACCCCGCUCCAUCUCCUUCCCCAACACUAAUACCUCAGAUUAUGAGAACGUCCCUCCACUCAGCUCAGAUUAUGAGAACGUUCAGGUGCCACAGUGGAGGCCAAUUCGACAGAUGCCACUCACACACUUCUUUGAUCGCCCUACUCGAGUUUUGUCUUCAACAAAUGAAACAGACGGUUAUGUCGACAUGAAGAGUCUUCCAGGAUUUGAGACAAAAACACAUUUACCUGAAGAGGAAACUGAGAGUGCCUACACAGAAGCCUACAACGUCUGUUCGGUGGCAGCCGGUGCCAUGAAUGACGGUCGGGGAGAGACGGUGGGGGACGAAGACCAAGGACGCACCUCUGAGGAGGAAGACGUGGGGACAGACGUCAACUAUGACCGACAGUCCGAUGGUCGAUCCAGAGCCUUUUACAUCGUUAAAGAGCUGGUGGAUACAGAGCGACUACAUGUGAAGGCCCUCAGAUUGCUGCAGAAAGACUUUCGGAAAGCUGUUGGGUCUGCAGUCGGGGAUGACGGGCAGCCUGCGAUGGACGAUGAGACGCUCAGAGAGAUUCUCAAUGAGCUGCCUGAUGUCUACAUACUGCACAGCAAAAUCCUCUCUGAGCUGGAGAGUCGAAUCGGACAGUGGGAGGACAGCCAAAGGAUUGCUGACAUUUUCCUGUCCAGGAAAGCAGAGUUUUUGAUCUUCACCACUUACAUCGGCCACUAUGAUCGAAGCAUUAGUUUACUGGAGGACGGCUGCAGAGCUUCACCUGCGUUUGCAGCUAUUGUUCAGAAAUAUGAGGAGCAGAACCCAUCCGGGGAGAGAGUUUCUCUCCAGCGUCAGCUCCUGCAGGUCGUUGUGCGUGUUGCUCAGUACCGUCUGCUCCUCACAGAUUAUCUAAACAACCUGUCCCCCGAUUCCAAGGAAUAUGAAGACACCCAAGCUGCAGUGGCGAUCAUGUCUGACAUUGCAGAUCAAGUCAAUGACAGCUUAAAACAUGGGGAGAACCUGUUGCAUCUGAUCAACAUAGCGUACAGUGUUCACAGCCCACGGGACCUAAUUCAUCCUGGCAGGGUUUUUGUGAAGGAGGGAACCCUGAUGAAGGUCAGCAGGAAGAGUCGACAGCCCCGACAUUUGUUUUUGAUGAACGAUGUGCUGCUCUACACUUUCCCCCAGCAGGACGGGAAAUACAGACUGAAGAACACGUUGCCACUCAGUGGGUUGAAGGUCAGUAAACCCAACAUCCCAAAUGUCGAGAAUGCCUUGAAAAUAGAGGGAUCAGAGAUCUCCAUUGUCCUGUCUGCCAGCUCUUUCCUUGAAAGAGAGGACUGGUAUUAUACUCUCAAUCGCACUGUGACUGAACAAGCCAAAGGCUCUGCAGCCAGUUCUGGAGAGACCAGAGAUCGUCUUAGGCUUUCUCUUGGAGAAAAAGCUCCCACUCUCGUUCCUGUCUCAGAAGUGAUGAUGUGCAUGAACUGCACUGCAGAUUUCAGCCUCACUGUUCGCAGACACCACUGCCACAGCUGUGGAAGAAUUGUUUGUCGAAGCUGCUCCAGGAACAGAUAUCCACUGAAAUACAUGAAAGACCGCAUGGCCAAAGUGUGUGACCACUGUUACAACGAGCUAAAAAAGAGAGGAGAAGAAGUGUCUGAGCUCUCAGCCAAAAGUAGCCCUCGGUUGACCCGCUCCAGUCGUCCCCUUUCCACCGUAUUCCAAAAUAUUCAUCCCCCCAACAUAUGGAGACAUCGAAAAGGCACUGUCUCUUUUACCCAGGCAACCAUGUCAGAGGAAGGCUCCAUCAGUGGGACUCUGCAGCGGAGCAAGACAAGCAAAAGGAACUGGAAAAGACUGUGGUUCCUGCUGAAAGACAAGGUGCUUUACACCUACCGAGCCCGAGAGGAGAAGGUAGCGUCAGAAAGUUUACCGCUUCUGGGUUUCACAGUGAAGCUACCUGACAAGCAGGGAAGAGACACAGAGGCCAACAUCUUCCAGCUUUACCACCAAAAUACUUUGUAUUACACCUUUAAAGCUGAAGAUAACUUCACAGCUCAGAGGUGGGUCAAUGCAAUGGAGGAAGCCACAAAUUUAUAGACUCAACCCUUCUGCUGCCUUCACCCUCCUAAAACCCUGUCUACAAAAAGUGAUUGGACGUAAGACCAAACUGGAGAGACCGGAGAAAGGCACUUUUCUGUUUGUCGGCAUGUCGCAACGCCCCCAGCUAAGCUGAGGAGAGGAAUACAUGGUGUUCUUUAAAAAGAGGACACAAUCUACCUACUUUGUCCUUCUGCAGUGUUCUUCCCUCCCCGCUGUCGCAGCAGGUGUGACACCAAGGGCUGCAGGAGAUGAUGGCCCAGAUACCUGCCAGUGUGGAGCGCCGCCUGUCAGCUGUUACUCACCGCCCCAUUUCCCAGAAUCCAUCACCGUUAUUAUCACGUCUUACACAAGACACACAAUACAGUCAAUUCACGGCAUGUUUGGACAUGGUUAAUUUAUUAAUCUGUUUGACAACACUGAACAAAAAAAUGAAAAGUCGGAUUUUGUUCUUGUUUACAUGAAAAAACAAGCUGAAGCCUCAGUCACUAAUCUCAAAUGGCCUCAUAUUUGCUUUGAUGUAUUGAUGCCUUAAUUUCAACAUGUGCUUUUUGUACUUUAUUUAAAGCAUAAAAACACUAAUUGGUGGGAAGAACAGAUUGAUCAGACAAGAGAAACAUAUUUUCAAAAGACUUAUUUAUCUGUGUACCAUAUUGUUGGAGAGAGUCCUUCGUGUAAAUCAAUUUCUUUCUUAGUUUGCACUGAUAUUAAAGGCAUAAUUCAGAUCUUUUUUUAGCCAGUUCACCUUCAAAAAUUUAGAAAUAGAUGAUAAUUUACCUGCAGUAAAUACAAACAUCUGUAUUUUGAUUUAGUAAGGACCCAGAUAAGCUGGUCCCAGAGACAUGAGAAAACAGAGAAAACUUCUCAAAAUAAGUCCAGUUACCGAUACUUUCCCCCCAUAUUUUGAACCAGGCAUCUUUUCUGUGGAUUUUUCUUCAACCACCAGGGAUUCACUUCUUUAGCAGGAAGUGAAUCAUUGUGAGUCAAAAUUAGAACUCAAAGAAGAAAGCGCUGAUUUUCAUUUAGAACAAGCGCAUGCUAGCAGCAGGCACGACGGAGACAUUUCUUCAAACUCAUAUGAAGUAACUUUUAAGUUGAAAGCUAUUGAUCUGGCAGUUGUCAAUAUCAAGUAAUAUCAGUGUUUUAGAGUCCAAGCUUGAAUUCAACAGACAAUCUGUUGAGGGAGCUAAAGAUUAGGGUGAUGACAGAGAGGUGUUCCAACCUCAUGGCUAAAAAUAAAUAGACCUGAUAACUGUGAAAACGCUUGUCAGCAAAAUACAAACUAGUUGGAUGUUGAAAUAUUUAAAAUGGCUGCUCAGAAGCAUACAAAUAUUGUUUGCAAUGCAGUUUUUAAAUUAAAAUGCAAAUAAAUACCAAAAAAAUUGUUAUUGGAAAACUAAAACUCUUUUUCAAUGUUUUUUUUUUAUUAUUCUUUGAGAGAUGACUUCCACAUAUUCUAAGGAAACUUCUUAGUUAAGUAAAAAUAAUCUUAAUUCCUAAUCUGCCAGGGUUCUGAAUAAGUUUUUACCUUAACUGUAUUUCAUCUAUUUGGAAACACUUUACAAGUUUUGCAGGUAUUUCACGGAGGAACAUCAUUGGUUGCACACUGGCUUCAAGCUCCAUUUUCUACUUGAAUAUUCAUUGAAUUAUUUGCUAAAAAACAUGAUAAACACUCAAUGCAAAUAGAUAGUAAUAUAAAGGUCAAAAAACAGCAUUUGCAUGAACUGCUACAAUAUCUUUAAGCGUUGUUUGUUGUCUUUGCUCUUGAACUCAACGCCAGCUUCAGCCUGUGGGACAAACUCAUUUGGAUUUGAACUAAAUAGAGAUGCUUUGGAGGUUAGCUACUGCAGGUGAGAAAUUAAAUCUGUGCUACAUCAACAAUUUUGAACUAUGCCUUUAAAAAAAUUCUGAGCAAACAAAAGGGAUUAAAUCUUUGUCUACCUACUGAAAAAGUAUGUAAUUUUUAAAUAUCUUAUAGCAAGUGCAAUGUAAAUUCAUUUUUGUGUAAAGAGUCGCCAUCUAUCUGUACACAGAAGCGCUGGCUUCGAUGGAAACGUGAAACUCAGAUUGACUGCACUGAGCUGCAUAAUUAGUGUCUUGGAUUUUGUACUGUACCUAAUGAUUUAUAACAUCAUUUGCAUUUUUAGGCAAAGUAAAAGAGACAAAUGAUGGAAAACUGCCUUCGCUCUUUUACGUUCUCCUUGUGUCCUCUAGAUGGCAGGUGAGGUUCAUUUUGAAGUGAAGCAGAGAGCUACCUACUUCCUGUCUCAGUGCCCUUGUUAAGUGAACAUGUAGCUCUCACGCACCAGAACUACAGCUGCACUUGCAGGACUCCGGCUACUACCGGUCUGCCACGAGACGUGGAGCUGGCAGAUGUCUCUGAACUGCGGGAGGAGACGCAGCAGAGAUUGAGGGAUACGCAGACCCAUGCGGCCAAUGAAAGGCCAGGCCUGCUCUGCUUUCCAUCUCCCCCCUGAGGCUGCCUGACCCAGAAUAAUAUCAGGCACAAAGUUUGCUUUCUGGGACUGCUGAAAAGUUGCAGACACCUCGUCCUACAUAAAGGACAGACCAUUUAUCACUCUGCUCUGCCUUUCCAGCCCCACUUCUGCUUUCUUCUCUUUGUUUCUUAAAUUGUGUCAUUUUUUUGCCCUCUGCUGCUAAUAAUCCAAAAGACUGGAGCUUUACAUUUUAUUUUACAUUAGAAAUAUAUUUUAUGGAAAUUCUAUGUGAUAAAAAUUAACUUAAGCGUUGAUUGAAUACAUGGUUUUCAAACACAUUAGAUGCAUUUGUUUUCAACCUCCUUUUCUCUGAUACCCCAAAAUGAAACUCAGUGCAACCAAUUGCCUUAAGUAAAUAAAACCUUUCUGUGUCUAAUUAGCACUUUAAUGCAUGAAUUAUGAUCCUUAUGUCAGAAUUGUUUUCCAAGUUGUUUUUAUUUUUCGUAAGCCGUAA